AUGGAGAUCCAGCUACCAUCAGAUGAUAUUAUAACUGUGGAAUUUGAGUACAUCAAGAUUGAGAAGCAUUGCUUCACUUACUUCUCUCUAUUCCAUGAGGAUGAAAACUGCCCAGUUAAACCUCGACAUUCUCUUCCCAUCAAGGAGCGAAAACUGGGUAUUACUCAAAGAAUUGCGUUGCAACGCAUUGAAGCUGAUAACCGGAUGAUCGUCGGGGCUAAGAAUUCUGAUGAAUUUGUGAAGAAGAAGACCAAGGAUUUCCGAUUCCCCAACUACUUCUCGGUGCCCCCGGUGGGGCUCAGUGGAGGGUUAUCCUUGCUGUGGAAAAAAGGAGUGGAUCUAACCAUUUUGGAAGCACUACCCAACCUAAUCGAUACAACGAUCACCUUCAAAGGAGUGACAUCGUUUGUUACCUUUGUAUAUGGGGCGCCUGCUGCGGAAAACAGAGCAGCUUUCUGGGCCAAGCUUAAUGAGGUUGGAGCUGGCCGGGAUACAUCAUGGCUGAUUACAGGGGAUUUUAAUGAUAUUCUUGACAACUCCGAGAAAGUGGGCGGACCGGCUCGCUGGGAGGGUUCAUUCACAUCUUUUAGAUCGUUUGUCUCUCAGCACGGUCUCUGGAAUCUCACCCACUCGGGCAAUCAUCUAUCUUGGAUAGGGAAUAGAUGUCGAUAUCUUCGUUUUGAGGGCUCCGACCAUCGCCCUUUGGUCACCUAUUUCAACGCCUCAACGCCAAAGAGGAGAGGAAUUUUUCGCAUUGAUAGAGCACUAACAGAGAAUGAUGAGAUUGAAACGCUAGUCGAUGCUGCCUGGAAUCACGAUCCGUUGGAAUCAGUCAUUGGCAAGCUCAAUGCGUGUCGCCGCGGCAUCAUCAGGUGGGCGCGGGAACAUAAUCUUAAGCACAUUCUGAUCAUCAACCAGACUCAGGAAUCUCUAGAGAAGGCUCUCUCAGCUACCAUCCUAGACCCCGUGUUAAUCACCUCGCUGUCAAAUACCUUGAGGGAUGCAUAUAAAGAGGAAGAACUCUUCUGGGUUCAACGGAGUAGGAUUCUCUGGUUGAAAUGUGGGGAUCGUAACUUCUUCCACGCUAUCUCCCGGCAGAGAAGAAUGAUUAAUAACCUAUCUGUGAUUGAAGAUUACGAAGGUAAGGAGGUGUAUGAGGAACCGCAGAUAGUCACAGUUAUAUCAGACUACGUCAGAGAUAUUUUCAACUCGGUUGGUGAUGGGGACUUCUCGGACAUUCAGAACAUCCUGUCCCCAAGAGUCACCGACGAGAUGAACAUGUCCUUUACGGCACUGCCAAGUGAGUCAGAGAUCUAUUAUGCGGUUAUGUCGAUCAAUGGAGGGAAGGCCCCAGGCCCCGACAGAUUCUCCUCCAAAUUCUAUCAAGCGUAUUGGCACAUCAUCAAAGCGGAUGUAGUUAGAGAUAUCAGACAAUUCUUCUCCUCAGGAUAUUUGCACCCGCAACAGAAUGUAACGCACAUCCGACUUAUCCCAAAAGGAAUAGGACCGAGACGGGUUUCCGACUACAGACCCAUUGCCCUCUGCAACACGCACUAUAAGAUCAUCGGAAAGAUCCUGUCUCAUCGGCUCAAGCCUCUCCUACCGGACCUGAUCUCGGUUUCCCAGUCAGCCUUCGUCUCCGGCAGGGCCAUUGGCGACAAUGUGUUGAUCACACAUGAGACGUUGCACUAUCUAAGGACUUUGGAAGCAAGAAGUAUUGCUCAAUGGCCAUUAAAACAGACAUGA